UUUUUUUUUGGGGCCGCGGAAUAAACCCAGUCGUCUCCUCCUCCACCACACGCCAUCCGAUCCCUCUCACUGUGCAUUCCGAUCCGAGAUCUGAUCCCUCUCUCCCUCUACGAAUUCUCAGAUCCGUCGCGACCAUGGCGGUUCCCGGCGCGUUCGUCUCCUCGAUCCUCCUCCUCCUCGCCUCGGCCGCCGUCGCCGAGAUCCAGUUCUCCGAGAUCCGAUCGGACGACCGGCCCAUCAUCCCGCUCGACGACUUCGGGUUCACCCACCGGGGCUGGCUCGAGCUCAACGUAUCCGGCAUCGCGCUGUCGAAGGCCGGCCUCGAGCUCGGCAACCUCGGGUUCUUCCUCUGCACCCGGGACUCGUGGCUCAACGUGCUGAAGGAGCUCGAGGAGGAGGAUAUCACCUGCGCCCUCCAGUCCAGCCACGUCAAGCACGUCUUCACCUUCGAAAAGCUCGGGCAGCGGACGAGCUUCGACGUCGAGUUCGACCAGGAGGACGCGAACCAGUACACGCUCAUCUUCGCCAACUGCCUCCAGCAGCAGCUCCGGGUGUCCAUGGACGUCCGGUCCGCGAUGUACAACCUCGACGGGAAGAGCGGCCGGAGGGACUAUCUCUCCGCAGGCAAGACCAUCCUUCCCCGGGUUUACUAUCUGUUCUCGCUGAUUUACUUUGUGCUCGCUGGUCUUUGGGUCUACGUCUUGUAUAAGAAACGGUUGACUGUGUUUAAGAUCCAUUUCUUCAUGCUCGCGGUCCUGAUAAUGAAGGGGUUGAAUUUGUUGUGUGAGGCGGAGGAUAAGUCGUAUAUUAAGCGGACAGGGAGUGCGCAUGGCUGGGAUGUGUUGUUCUAUAUAUUUAGCUUCUUAAAGGGGAUCACUCUGUUCACUUUGAUCGUGUUGAUCGGAACCGGGUGGUCCUUUUUGAAGCCUUACUUGCAGGACAAGGAGAAGAAGGUUUUGAUGAUCGUCAUCCCACUCCAAGUUGUUGCGAAUAUCGCUCAGGUAGUGGUCGAUGAGACUGGACCGUACGGUCAGGAUUGGGUCACUUGGAAGCAGGUGUUUUUGCUAGUCGAUGUGGUGUGUUGUUGCGCGGUUUUGUUCCCGAUUGUCUGGUCGAUUAAGAACUUGCGUGAGGCUGCAAGAACUGAUGGGAAGGCGGCGGUGAACUUGAUGAAGUUGACUUUGUUUAGGCAGUAUUACAUUGUGGUUAUAUGCUAUAUCUACUUCACGCGCGUAGUGGUGUAUGCAUUGGAGACCAUUACUUCGUAUAAGUAUCUAUGGACGAGUGUGGUGGCCGCAGAGUUGGCAACGCUGGCAUUCUAUGCCUUUACGGGGUACAAGUUCAGGCCCGAGGCUCAUAAUCCUUAUUUUGCUAUCGAUGAUGAGGAAGAAGAGGCAGCAGCUGAAGCUUUGAAGCUUGAAGACGAGUUUGAAUUGUAAGCGAAGAGUUAAUUGGACUUGGAAGUGGUGAAGCAGCUGGCAUAGUGGUCGGGGCAGGAUAUUUGAGGUAGGAAUUUAAGCAUUGUGAUCAUUUUUCACUCCAAACCAUAUUAGGCAUGCUUGUGUAACAAAAAUGUCCUUUUUUCCUGUUUUGCUGGUUCCAUACUUGUAAUAUGGUACAUAUUGUCAAAUAUACAUCUGCCCAUUGGAUGAUAUUUGUAAGUCCCGAUACUAAAUAUUGCAAUAAUUUUGUGGAGCAGUUGAGUGCAUUUCUUCUUUGCUCA